UUAGGAUGAUCUGUCGGGACAGUGAGUAACGGUGGCAAACGCUGCCCGUCUGCCCGUAGCCUCAACAUCAGGGAGGGUGAGAGCCGCAUGGACACCCGGGUGGGAGCUGCAGGGCCACCCAGGCACCUGGGUGGGAGCCAAACGGGCACCCAGGAACCCAGGUGGGAGCCACAUGGGCACCCGGGUGGGAGCUGCAGGGCCACCCAGGAACCUGGGUGGGCGCCAAAUGGGCACUCAGGUGGGAGCUGCAUGGGCACCCAGGAACUCCGGUGGGAGCUGCAUGGGCACCCAGGUGGGAGCUGCAGGGCCACCCAGGAACCUGGGUGGGUGCCAAAUGGGCACUCAGGUAGGAGCUGCAUGGGCACCCAGGAACUCCGGUGGGAGCUGCAUGGGCACCCAGGAACCCGGGUGGGAGCUGCAGGACCACAUGGGUGGGGGCCACAUGGGCACCCGGGUGGGAGCUGCAGGGCCACCCAGGCACCUGGGUGGGAGCCAAACAGGCACUCAGGUGGGAGCUGCAUGGGCACCCAGGAACCCGGGUGGGAGCUGCAUGGGCACCCGGGUGGGAGCUGCAGGGCCACCCAGGAACCUGGGUGGGCGCCAAAUGGGCACUCAGGUGGGAGCUGCAUGGGCACCCAGGAACUCCGGUGGGAGCUGCAUGGGCACCCAGGUGGGAGCUGCAGGGCCACCCAGGAACCUGGGUGGGUGCCAAAUGGGCACUCAGGUAGGAGCUGCAUGGGCACCCAGGAACUCCGGUGGGAGCUGCAUGGGCACCCAGGAACCCGGGUGGGAGCUGCAUGGGCACCCAGGAACCCGGGUGGGAGCUGCAUGGGCACCCGGGUGGGAGCUGCAGGGCCACAUGGGCACCCGGGUGGGAGCUGCAGGGCCACCCGGGCGAGCUGGCGGCAGCACCCACGGGACUUCCGUGCGGCGCCCGGUGCAGCCCUUGCCCCACGGUCGGAGCCUGGCCGUCGUGGCCUGGGCAGACACGGUGCACCCCGGGGGGUACCGAGCGGCCCCGGGGGCUGCCGCACCUGCAGGUCCAGCCCCAGGAGGGGGGGUCACCCCCACUAGCUCGGUGGAGCCCCGCGAUGGCACCGGGAGAGGCCCGGGCUGUUGA